GUCCUGCGGGGAAGUAGAGCUGGUGGCAAGGAGACUCCGGGGGUCGCGGCGGGAGCCUGGAAGUGUGUGAAUUUCUCUGACAUCCUGAUCGCGAGCGGAGUCGGCUUGUCCCGCAGAAGGCUCCCGGGACAGGGCAGGAUUCUAGCGGUUUUGUUUUUGUUUUUAAGGGGAGGGGGGGGGUAAGGGAGGAGGAGAAUGGACAGAAUACUGACUGGAACGUUAAUUGGAGCAUUUCAGAUGUGAAGAGUAGAGUAGUUCCAUACUCUUCUUUCUUCAGUUGCUCCAUCAGACUAACUUCAUUUUUGAAUUCUCAACUUUGAGACAGGCCAGAGUGUUUGGCAGAAUUUGACCGAAUUCAGGUGUGAGGGUUUGAUCCAGUAUAAGUGCCUUUUAAUUAGGGCACGCAAUUCAACCACUGUUUACGAUGGGAUUUCUGAAGACCUGUGUACUUAGAAGAAAUGCAUGCACUGCGGUUUGCUUCUGGAGAAGACAAGUUGUACAAAAGCCUUCGGUUAGAAAGAUUAGUACUACCUCUCCAAGGAGCACUGUCAUGCCCGCUUGGGUGAUAGAUAAAUAUGGGAGUAAUGAAGUGCUUCGAUUUACUCAGAACAUGAUGAUACCAAUGAUACACUAUCCAAAUGAAGUUAUUAUCAAAGUUCACGCUGCGAGUAUAAAUCCUAUAGAUGUUAACAUGAGAAGUGGCUAUGGAGCUACAGCUUUAAAUAUGAAACGUGACCCUUUACAUAUUAAAAUCAAAGGAGAAGAAUUUCCCCUGACUCUGGGCCGGGAUGUGUCUGGUGUGGUGAUGGAGUGUGGACUUGAUGUGAGGUACUUCAAGCCUGGCGAUGAGGUCUGGGCUGCAGUUCCUCCCUGGAAACAAGGCACUCUCUCAGAGUUUGUUGUAGUCAGUGGGAAUGAGGUCUCUCACAAGCCCAAAUCACUCACUCAUACUCAAGCUGCCUCUCUGCCAUAUGUGGCCCUCACAGCCUGGUCUGCCAUAAACAAGAUUGGUGGCCUGAAUGAUAAGAAUUGCACAGGAAAACGUGUUUUAAUCUUGGGUGCUUCAGGCGGAGUUGGUACUUUUGCUAUCCAGGUAGUGAAAGCGUGGGAUGCUCAUGUGACAGCAGUUUGCUCUCAGGAUGCCAGUGAACUUGUAAGGAAGCUUGGGGCAGAUGAUGUAAUUGAUUACAAAUCCGGAAAUAUGGAAGAGCAGUUGAAAUCUUUAAAGCCGUUUGAUUUUAUCCUCGACAGUGUUGGUGGAUCCACCGAAACGUGGGCUCUAAGUUGUCUCAAGAAGUGGUCAGGAGCCACGUAUGUGACUUUGGUGACUCCUUUCCUCCUGAACAUGGACCGGUUGGGCAUAGCAGAUGGCAUGUUGCAGACAGGCGUCACCGUGGGCUCUAAGACGUUGAAGCAUUUCUGGCAAGGAGUCCAUUAUCGCUGGGCUUUUUUCAUGGCCAGUGGUCCAUAUCUAGAUGACAUUGCAGAACUGGUGGAUGCGGGAAAGAUUCAGCCAGUUAUUGAGAAAACCUUUCCAUUUUCUAAAGUUCCAGAAGCCUUCCUGAAGGUAGAAAGAGGACACGCACGAGGAAAGACCGUCGUCAGUGUCGUUUAAAUAAACACUCAGUUUGGUGCCU